AUGGCAUAUUUAUUAAAUUAUAAUUUCCAAGUACAAUCAAAAAAUUCAAAUGGAGGUCAAUUCCCAUCGUUUAUGCUACAAAACUCAAACCAGAGAUUCUCUCCCAAAAAGUUUAUGAUCAAUCACUUUGAUGAUAGCUAUCCUUUAGAUACACCCAUGUCCAGAGGUCCAUCAUACAUCAAAGAUGAAGAUGAUUAUAGAUAUUGUGCUGGUGCUCCCACAUUUUGUCCAGAUGAUCAAUUAAUGUUUGCAAUAGAUGAUAUAUAA